AUGAGCUCGCCGACAUGGCCGAGCACAGUGGUGCCUGCUCAGCUCAGCUUUCUGGCCAUAUACAAUCCGUCRCUAGGCCCGACUGACGAGACCUUUGCCGAUCAGCUCGUCUUCUACUAUUCGCGUCAACACCAUGAAGACCGAGUCGCCGCCAAAAAGUCCAAGAGGGUGGAUUCUGCCGGUGGGGAUGCGCUGCGGGAAGAGACGAACGAGCAGCUGCGGCAAAUAGGAUUGGCGCAAGGAAUGGUCGACUUUGCGCGGAGCUUCUCUGAUGGCGUACCAGUCGAUUCCAUAGACACCGAAAAGUCACGCAUCGUGUUGCAUGAGCUGGAGCCCGGCUGGUGGAUACUGGCGUCUAUCGAUCUCACGCGUCUUCCAGCCGCAGCCACAUCAUCUCCGGAAAGUGUAAAGAAGGGUGCCGACAAGAGUGAUGCCGGUCCUUCAAUCGAAUACUCGUCACGCGAGGUCAGCCCACCCGCACUGCUUCUCCAACAAAUGUUCCAAGCAUAUCACAUCUUCAUGCUACAUCACGGCCAGAGCAUUACCGACCUUUUCAUCCGCGUGUCGAGAGAGAGGUUCUGCAGCACUCUGGACAGAUUCUGGACUCGCUUUUGUAGAAAGUGGGAUGUCUUGUUGCACGGCAAUCCCGCUGCUGACAUCUUCAAUGGCAUCAAACUCUCAGGUGGUGGUGAGCUUGGGAUGGGAGUGGGCGAGGAGGAAUGGGGCAGUGGCGAGAGAGAUGUGCUGGAAGACAUUGCGCGCCGCACAGAAGGCCUGAUAGAUCUGGUCGUCUCAAGGUUUGGAGAUCCCGCGCCUUCAAAGGAAGAGACAUCAUACGGCGAGAGCGAACUACUACCUUGGAUGGGUAGCGGUAGUCACCCGACCGCAUCCGAUGGAGUCAUCUUCAGUGGCAUUAAUGCCAUCACUCGUCCUUCUUUGAGGUCAAUUGCGCUGUGGAUGGAACACAUUUACGCAUAUGGUGAAUAUGCAUACGGAGUCCGUGACAAUCCACUGCGUGAGCGAAGGAAGCGGAAGCGACGAACUCCGCCGAAUCCUGUCGCCAAACCCGCGUCGAAUGACACAAUUCCCCAGACUACACCCAAACCAGCCCCGGAGGUCGCCGCCAAAGACUAUGGCCUCGUCGCACACCAACGACAGACUUCAGAUGCAGCCUCCCGCAGAUCGGAAUACCAACCURCUCACCCUGGUAUCCCUCCGCCAAUUGUCUCACAAGCGGAGCAGUCUCUUGCGAAGGCUUCGAAGAAAGCGGAUUCGCAUGCGGAACAGUUUCAAGCACAAGCACAAGCACAAGCACCAGACUCUGGAACAACCAUGGGUAUUCCUGAUCAGUACAUGAAAUAUCUCACCUUUGGCCUGAGUACUCUUGCCAAACCGAGCCAGCAAGAAAGGCCCGAACUACCAAAGCGAGCAUCAACCUCGAGUUCAAAGACGAUGACAACUCAACGUUAUGCGGCAAGCUCGAAGAUGCCAAGUCCGGAUGAAGGUGACGAAGUUGACCCCAUGUUAACUGAGAUGGAUCCUAUGCCAGAUGGUGAAACCUUGGAAGCGAAGAUUGCGAAACAGAAGCGCAGUGAGGAGCAAGGCCAGUUCUUAAUAGGAAUGCGUGGGGAGCUCAAUAAUAUUGAGGAAGAUUCCGGAGCAGGCAAAGAAGACGACGAGGAUGAUGACUCCAACGGGCUUCGAAACGUCCUCAGAACACUUUCAGUCGAACUCGACGUGGCAUCACUGAACGAGGAGGAUCCGACUGAGCUGCAGCAGAAAUUGAGCGAAGCUGGUCUAUCGCGAGGGCGAGACGAUCCGGCAAACUUCCGGCGACUGCGAGUGCUCGUCUAUGUCCACCGACCAUUUAUAUAUUGCUUCCUGUUCGAGAAUCAAACCCCGUCGCUGAGCAUGGCAAAGUUCUACCAAGAGAUGCAUCGUAAUCUUUUGCCAAUCUACAAGAGCCUGCUUACAUCAACCAGCGCAGCGAGAGUUGCUGAGCGGAUCCAGGACACUCAGACCAGCGACACAGCGAGCGUGACGAGCAACAGCAGGAAGAACGUUGAACCAACACCCAUCUAUGAUCUCAUCUAUGACCCCAUUCUCAUGACAGUCCACACCAGUAUACCGAGUAUACCCGCACCCGGAACACCGGCAGCAGAAGGCAUUGUACCUGGCACAAAAGGUAGCGGAAUCAAUCAUCCAUCCGCGUGGACGCGAAUUGAAUCCUUGAACGUGCACUCGCAGAUUCUCAACACCCUUUCCAGCGUCAAACGAAAUCCGAAUGAGUAUGAGCGCACCAGUAAGACUAGUCGCGGUUGGUGGGUCGUGUGGAUGAAGCUUCCGCCUUCCUCGGGAGAUGCUCACUCAGAGGAUGAAGGUCAAGAAGCAGAAGGACUGCCCCUCGAGCAUGUCGAUUCGGACGAAACGAUCAAUCCUCCCCCAUCUGCUACGGCAAGCAGCGCGACUACCUUUGCGCAGGGUGAGCCGAAGACGGAGUUGAACCGGGUGGCGAUCUUGGUGCGGAAGGCUCAUGACGCGGUGCCUGCUGCUCCGAAGAAUACAAGUCUGGCGAUGAGCAGUAUGUGGAACUCACUCGGUUUGAGGAGUAAUGCAACUGCGGACGCGAUUACGGGCGGCGCGAGCGCUGGGUGGGGCCCUCAAGCCCUGGCCGGAGGAAUUGGCAUCGAUGCGAGGAAGUAUGUUGAGGGGUUGUUGAGUCUGGGAAGAUAG